AUGCAAAACACCCCUCCCCCGACUCUCUUCUCUUCUCCCAUCUUUAAGCGCCUAGGCCCCAAAGACCGCACCCACCUCCUCACCGUCCACAACCACCAAUCCGACAUCAUGACUACCGAGCAGACCUUCAUUGCCGUCAAGCCCGACGGUGUCCAGCGUGGCCUCGUCGGCAGCAUCAUUGGCCGCUUUGAGAACCGUGGCUUCAAGCUUGCCGCCAUCAAGCUCACCACUCCCUCCAAGGAGCACCUCGAGAAGCACUAUGCCGACCUCGCUGACAAGCCCUUCUUCCCCGGUCUGAUUGCCUACAUGGGCUCCGGCCCCGUCUGCGCCAUGGUCUGGGAGGGCCGUGACGUCGUCAAGACCGGCCGUGUCAUCCUCGGUGCCACCAACCCCCUCGCCUCCGCCCCCGGCACCAUCCGUGGCGACUUCGCCAUUGACGUCGGCCGCAACGUCUGCCACGGCUCCGACUCCGUCGAGAGCGCCAAGAAGGAGAUUGCUCUCUGGUUCAAGCCUGAGGAGGUCCAGACCUGGACCCAGGCCAACCACACCUGGAUCUACGAGAAAUAA